AUGGCUCCAAAGCGCCACGCGGCCUCAACUACCUCCGCAACCACCUCCGCGGUCACCACGCCCACGCCCGCAACACCAAAACUCUCCUCCGGCCCAGCUACUCUCAAGGCCAAUGCUUCAGCCACUGAAAUUGCCCAGCAUGUCUGGAAGCAGUACGCAUCGACCACGCCGCAGCGUGUGCUCCUCCUAGACGCCUUCAUGGCGUUCCUCAUCCUGGUCGGCGGUUUGCAGUUCCUGUACUGUGUUCUUGCCGGAAACUACCCCUUCAACGCGUUCCUCAGUGGUUUCAGUGCCGCGGUUGGCCAAUUUGUUUUGACAGCAAGUCUGCGUAUGCAGACUAGUGACAGCAGUGUUGUAUCAAAGCCUAGCUCGAAGGGAAAGAAUGCGCGGUUUGCAGACGACAGUGAAGAGGGGACAGGGACUUCUCAUGAGAGGGCCUUUGCGGAUUAUAUCUUCGGAAGCUUGAUUCUACACUUCUUCUGCAUCAACUUUAUCAACUGA